AUGCAUUCCACUGGUGUUCUUCCAAAUUAUCUUGAUUUUGGUGAUUGUGAUUGUGUCUGCGAAUAUUGUGGUUCCUAUUUUUGGUUUGUUCAAAGGACAUUGGAACUGUCUACAACUCAUCAUCCUAGAUAUGGUUGUUGUUGCAAGUCUGGUGAUGUUAUCCUUACUUAUCCUUCUACGUUUCCGCCCGAAUAUGUUGCGCUUUUUCAUACUGAUCGUUUUUUUAGGGAUAUUAGAGCUUAUAAUAAUAGUAUGUUUGCUAUGACAUCUUUUGGAGCUAAUGUGGAUAAGGAAAUAAAUGAUGGUCGUGGUCCGUAUAUGUUUAAGGUUUCGGGGUAG